CCCGCCCGCGCGUGUGCGCGGCCGAGCUUGGGCGCCGCACGGGCCUGAUGGGGGUGAUCCAGGCUUUCGGGGACGCCGAGUGCCACUUUCCUCCUCCCUGGCAGUGAGAGAGAGAGGAGAGAAGGGGAAGCGGGCUGCUAUCCUUCCAGGCCACUUUCGCUGCGCGAUUCCGCGAGCUCCCGGCAGGAGGUGAAAGUCCUCGGCAGAGUCCGGAUGGCGCAGUUGAACUGCGGCUGCUGAGCUCGCGGCCGCCUGCGCGCGCUGGGCGCGGGGACUCGCCUCCGCUACUCCCCCACCUCGCGGCGGACGACCGGUCCUGGACACACCGCCUGCGAGGCAAGUUGAACAUUGCAGAAAAGGAUCUUAAGGUUAUACCCGACUUACCACGCUUGCCUUCGAUCUGAAGACCCAAAGGCUGUUGGAGAGAUGGCAGUGACAUCCCACCGCGUGAUCCCUGUGUUUGUCCUGAUGAGCGUCUGUCUGGUCACUGCCGGUCCAGAGCCCAACACCCGGUGUGAACUGUCACCGAUCAAUGCCUCUCAUCCAGUCCAGGCCUUGAUGGAGAGCUUCACUGUUCUGUCUGGCUGUGCCAGCAGAGGCACCAUCGGCCUGCCAAGGGAAGUUCACGUCCUAAACCUCCGCGGUACAGACCAAGUACCAGGCCAGCGACAGAGAGAGGUUACCCUGCAUCUGAACCCCAUUGCCUCUGUGCACACUCACCACAAGCCUGUUGUGUUCCUGCUCAGCUCCCCUCAGCCCCUGGUGUGGCAUCUGAAGACUGAGAGACUGGCCACUGGUGUCCCCAGACUCUUCCUGGUUUCAGAGGGUUCUGUGGUCCAGUUUUCAUCAGGAAACUUCUCCUUGACAGCAGAGACACAGGAAAGGAGUUUCCCUCCAGAAAAUGAGCAUCUGCUACACUGGGCCCAAAAGGAAUAUGGAGCAGUGACUUCAUUCACCGAACUCAAGAUAGCAAGAAACAUCUAUAUUAAAGUAGGAGAAGAUCAAGUGUUCCCUCCCACGUGUAUCAUCGGGAAGAAUUUUCUCUCACUCAAUUACCUUGCCGAGUACCUCCAACCCAAAGCCGCAGAAGGUUGUGUCCUGUCCAGUCAGCCCCAUGAGAAGGAAAUACACAUCAUCGAGUUAAUCACCCCCAACUCAAACCCUUACAGUGCCUUCCAGGUGGAUAUAAUAGUUGACAUCCGACCUGCUCGAGAGGAUCCCGAGGUGGUCAAAAACCUGGUCCUGAUCCUGAAGUGCAAAAAGUCUGUCAACUGGGUGAUCAAGUCUUUUGACGUCAAGGGAAACUUGAAAGUUAUUGCUCCUAACAGUAUUGGCUUUGGAAAAGAGAGUGAACGCUCCAUGACAGUGACCAAAUUGGUAAGAGAUGACAUCCCUUCCACCCAAGAGAAUCUGAUGAAGUGGGCAUUGGACAAUGGCUACAGUCCAGUGACAUCGUACACAAUGGCUCCUGUGGCUAAUAGAUUUCAUCUUCGGCUUGAGAACAACGAGGAGAUGAGAGAUGAGGAAGUCCAUACCAUUCCUCCUGAGCUUCGGAUCCUGCUGGGCCCUGCCCACUUGCCUGCCCUGGACAGCCCACCCUUCCGAGGGGAAAGCCCAAAUGGAGGUCUCCCCUUUCCAUUCCCGGAUAUUCCCAGGAGAGGCUGGAAAGAGGGAGAAGAUAGGAUUCCCCGGCCAAAGGAGCCCAUUAUUCCAGGUGUUCAACUGCUUCCGGACCACAGAGAGCCUGAAGAAGUGCAAGGGGGCGUGGACAUCGCCCUGUCAGUCAAAUGUGACCAUGAAAAGAUGGUCGUAGCUGUAGACAAAGAUUCUUUCCAGACCAAUGGCUACUCGGGGAUGGAGCUCACCUUGUUGGAUCCUUCUUGCAAAGCCAAGAUGAAUGGUACGCACUUUGUUCUGGAGUCUCCCCUGAAUGGCUGUGGUACUCGACAUCGGAGGUCAGCCCCGGACGGUGUGGUUUACUAUAACUCUAUUGUGGUGCAGACUCCAUCCCCUGGGGAUAGCAGUGGCUGGCCAGAUGGUUAUGAAGACUUGGAGUCAGGCGACAAUGGAUUUCCUGGAGACACGGAUGAAGGAGAAACUGCCCCACUGAGCCGAGCUGGAAUGGUGGUGUUUAACUGCAGCUUGCAGCAGCUGAGGAGUCCCAGUGGCUUCCAGGACCAGCUCGAUGGAAAUGCGACCUUCAACAUGGAGCUGUAUAACACAGACCUCUUUCUGGUGCCAUCCCCAGGGGUCUUCUCUGUGUCAGAGAAUGCGCAUGUCUAUGUUGAGGUAUCUGUCACUAAGGCUGACCAAGAUCUGGGAUUUGCCAUCCAAACCUGCUUUAUCUCUCCAUACUCAAACCCAGACAGAAUGUCUGAUUACACCAUCAUAGAGAACAUCUGUCCAAAAGAUGACUCUGUGAAGUUCUACAGCUCCAAGAGAGUGCACUUUCCCAUCCCUCACGCUGAAGUGGACAAGAAGCGGUUCAGCUUCGUCUUCAAGUCCAUGUUCAACACCUCCCUGCUCUUCCUUCACUGCGAGCUGACGCUGUGCUCCAGGAAGAAGGGCUCCCAGAAGCUGCCAAAGUGUGUGACUCCUGACGACGCCUGUACCUCUCUAGAUGCCACCAUGAUCUGGACCAUGAUGCAGAAUAAGAAGACAUUCACCAAGCCCCUGGCUGUGGUCCUCCAAGUAGAUUAUAAAGAAAACGUUCCAAACACUAAGGAUUCCAGUCCAGUCCCUCCUCCUCCACAGAUUUUUCAUGGCCUGGACACGCUCACCGUGAUGGGCAUUGCAUUUGCAGCGUUUGUGAUUGGAGCACUCCUGACAGGGGCCUUGUGGUACAUCUACUCCCACACAGGGGAGACCGCACGAAGGCAGCAAGUUCCUACCUCCCCACCGGCCUCGGAGAACAGCAGCGCAGCCCACAGCAUCGGGAGCACUCAGAGCACCCCCUGCUCUAGCAGCAGCACGGCCUAGGUGGACGGACGCCUGCCUCUGCACGGCAGGGCCUGAUGCCAGUGCUGCCCGUCCAGACUCGGAAGGCUUGAUCUGGGCUCCCUGUAAAGAGAGAGUGAAUUUCAGUAUACAGACAACCUGUUCUACUCACCUUUACCACGGCCCGUGUAAAUGUGACCCUGGACAUCUGUCACACAGAAGCUAAGCUGGUGGCCUUCCUCACCAGCUCCUCGCAGGAUGGGGGUUCCAAUGUGAAACAUGCCAAUUUUUGUUUUUGUUUUUUAAUGCUGCUUUGUCCAGGUGUCCAAACAUCCAUCAUUUGGGGUCGUAUGUUUUACAGAGUAAAGGAACCAGUGAAGGGGUGUCAGCUAGAGCGUAGAGCCAGGGAGAGACAGCCAGGGAUCCUCGCCUAGCUGAACCAAGAUGUAGAAUAGAAGCAAUGCUCCUUACAUAUCCAAUCUGCAUCUCGCUCUGGAUGCCCACUCUGACCUGCCACACCCUACAUGGUCCCCUGUGUAGCUCGCUAGCCUUGUGGGGAUGUCAUUUGCCAAGGCAACAUUCCUCUCUUGGGCCAAAAUGAACGCCGAUUCCUGAUCCUCCAUGUAUGCACACCAACUCCAAAAGUGCCUUAAAGCCAAGUUUGUUUCUCCUUCCAGGCACACGGAAACUGAAAACGGUCAAGAGUGUGGAACAUCAGACUCAGUGCCUGUUUCUGACAUUCUGUCCUGAUAACACUUAAACAUCAGGCAGGUGGGGUUCAGUGGUAAGCAGAGGGAUUAGCAAGGUAAUGCCCAUUUGUGAUCACAUAGGCACAAGUGCAGAACACCUGGCACACUGGAGAGAGGAUCACUUCCUCCUUAAAAAUGUUCUAUGCUUCCAGAGUUGGAACUUGAGUUAUAUGUGUAGACUAUAUUGACUCCAAACCCAUCAGUCUCUCUGAUGAGCCUGUAUAGAGCCCCAGGCCAUCUGAUGAUGUCACCAGUUCUGUCCCGAGGAUGCAGAGACAGGGAGAAGGGCACUAACUUUAAAGGGGGUUUCAGGUGAACUUCUUCAGCAGAAUAAGGUGAUGCCACUCUGACAGUUACUGAGCUCCGUGAUGCCUCUGUGUUGAAACUGAACCCCAGAGGGGAUUCUCCAUGCCUGAACCACUGCAAAUUAAAUAAUACUGCUUUUCCAGAAUCCCUCCCUCCCCAAACAAUGUAAGAUUCCAUAAGUAGAACAAGCUAGAUCCUAGCCUGAAAUAGCCAUGAGCAACGCCCACUGCCUUUAAAGUCAGGCAGUUGUGCCCAGGCCUUCAUGAAUGAAAACUUCAGUCAGAAGCUCCGAAGCAUCACAGUACAGACAGCCUAUGAAGGGAGAUGGACAGUCUCUCAGCUGACGAGCCCUUGUCCGACUGACCAGAGUGGCCUAGCUUCCAUUCAGUUGAGAAAAUUUGAACCAAAGCAUAUUCCUUCAAGGCCGAGGGCCUCCAACUGAUGCAUAGAUACAUUGAAAUUGAUGAAAUUGAAAUAUUAAUGCAUAGAUACAUAGAUACAUAGAUACUGAUGCAUAGAUACAUUCAGAUUUUCCACAUGAAUACAAAAUGGCUUGAGACUAGAGAAAUACUUCUCUUUAGUUGUUGGUUUUUAACAUGAAGGUGUCGUUGUGGAGGACCUGGAUUAUGCUACCUGUGUUUAAACGAUGCGCUUUGCCUAACCUUCAGCAGAAUGUAACUUUUAAGUAUAUUCUAUGUAUAAAAAAAUGUUUAAAGAUGUCUUCAAAGAAGACUAGAGUCUUUAAAUCACUUAUAGCUAUAUUUUACUACAAAAAUUCUGUAUAAAGAUAUAUUUAAAUGUUUUAGAGAAAUUUAAGUUACUCCAUAUGAAAUGUUUAAUUUCAGUUACUGUGAAUUCUUCUAAUCAAUUCUUUGAUUUAAAAAGAAAAACCUUUUCCAUCAUAUUAAAGAGAAAAUUAGCUAUGGAAAGAUAUUAAAAGAUUUCUUAGAUGGAUGGGGUUAAAUUUUUUUUGUAAUAUAUUUAAAUGUAUAUUUUUGAGAGAGAUAAUACAUUGCCAAUGACUUUAUAAAUAAUCUUAAAUUAACUUACAAAUUUAUAAGAUGCAAACCAAAAGACUUUUUUUUAAAAGAGAGAAAGAAAAAAGAGAAAAGCUUUUAUUUCCUUGGAUCUUAUUAUCAGAAGUAUUAUUCAGAAAUCUGAUCCCAUAUUGGAAAAUGAAUGUCCUUAAGUAUUCCUGAAGUGUAAAGCUUCAGUAUCUCCUCCCGGCUCCUGCUACAAUGUUUCUGACGGCUUCACCCUUCACAGAUUUAAUACAAAGUAUAAGCCUUACUUUCAUAGCAUAUUCUACAAGUUUCUUUAAGACUGUUGUUAUAGUCUGGCUAUACAGAAUUCAACCUGCAAAGUUUUGUGUUGUGUCUGUGGGCUACACUAGUGGCUACAGAGGCCAUUUUGUCUUGUCAAUGCUGAAGCCAUGCUGGACCGCCCCAGCAUCUAAGGCGGGACCGGCUGUACAAGGCACUACAGCCCUGCAUGCAGUGUUCUCCAGCUGUUACUGCCGAAUUUCCAAAGGUUGGAGAUUUUUCUUCUACCUGAGCUGGUCAUGUAGCAUUUUUUUUUCCUAAACACAAAUGGCCUUUUGCAUGUCUGGUAAUGAGAGUGUAAAUUCAUUUCCUGCAUGUGUUCUCCACAAGCUUGCCUGAGUGUGUGGGUGCGCAGGCUCGUGCCAGUCCUUUUAUACUGUAACUACCUCAUGGUUUGAGUGAUGAGCGUACUGCUGGUUGUGUUAACAGAGCACAUUUGUCGGGUGAGUUGUGUAUGCAAACUUUUUAUUUUAACCCUGUUUGUUUUAUCUGGGGGUUUGUUCAUUAAACUGACAGAUAUUUUUCUAGGAAGGACUAUUAUCGGUUUCCAAAUGCAAUACUCUAUUCUGCUUUUUUCCCCGAGUGAGCCUGAUUGUGUUACUGUUUUUCAUCUAUGAGGGUAAAAGUAUACCCUGAAAAAUCCCUGUGGCCAGUUUGAACACCCCUGCUGUAACCUUCCCUCUGUUCCAUGGUCUUUGUGAACCUGCUUAGAGGUAUAGUUUUGAUAACCACAGUUUUAACUCUUUUAUCUGUGCAUAAUAAAGAUAUAUAUCAAUUAUUAAUUUA